AUCAUAGUCGUCUGCUUUAAAUCAUCCUCCUGCAGUUCGUAGCUUUACUGCUUGCAGCUUACAGGAUUUCCGCUUGUGUCAGCUGACUUUCUGCCAUACUUAAGACUCGUUGGAGUUCACUGCAGUCAAGUGUGUGCGUGUUCUGGCCGCCGUCCUGGUAAUAUUAUUUCCUGGAUAAAUAAUUGCGAUUUGAUCAUUGUGUACUGUGGGCUAUCCAUAGUAGUGUGACACUGAUAAGUAAGAUGUCACGGCCAUCAACCAGAGAUAAGACUAUCAAUUUACUUAUGUAAGCUUAUCGUCCUGAUAUCAAGUGACCCUCAGGACCGUAGAUUUACUGCGCUUCGCGUCAUCUAAAGAUAGUUUACUGCAUUGACAAUGGCUUCUCACUAUCUCAUCGGAGUGUUACUAGUUGCCUGGUUCCAUCUAGCAGUCACUGGUCAAGCACGGCCAUCUGAUCCACAGCCGGUAAAAACGUACAAUGUGAGUUUCGACGAUGAUCCUUCUGUGAGGUGGAAUCAGGUGCUGGACGACCACAGGGUAUAUCUGCCGGACAUAUUCCAAUUUAUUAGCGAAUAUGUGCCUUCAGAAUACAUCCCUAUUCUCCGGCAGAUCGCACUGGAUAUUGAAACAUUGCUGCCAGAUACUUAUGCCAAGGAAAUUAUUGGAGUGGCACAGUACUGGGGUAUGAACACAGCGGACGUCAUCAUGCUCAACAUAGUCUACGAUUUCACUGCUUAUUGCACCAGCAUCGUGGCACAGGACACGAACGGCACGAUCUGGCAUGCUCGGAACCUGGACUAUGACGACCCGGACCUCCUACGCAAUCUCACUGUGUCGGUCAACUUUCAGAGAGGCGGGCAGACACUGUACACCGCCACGACAUACGCCGGAUAUGUUGGGGUGCUCACCGGUCAAAAACCAAAUGCUUUUACCAUCACAAUAGACCAGCGUGGAGUUCCAAGAAUGCACCAGGGCUACUGGUGGGAGAACAUACUGGUGGCCAUUUUGGACAAGUCUGCUUCUUUUGUUAGCUUCCUUGUCAGACAGACGCUGGAGGAAAGUCCAGACUUUAACAGCGCCGUGGACCAUCUUUCUACUACCGUCAUCCACGCUCCAGCCUACAUCAUUGUCGGCGGCACACAAAAAGGAGAAGGCGUAAUUAUAACGCGAGAUCGACUGGCUGCCGUUGAUAGAUAUUACCUGAAUCUUCUUGAAGGCAGGUGGUAUGUUCUAGAAACUAACUACGACCACUGGACCACGCCUCCUCCAGAUGACGACAGAAGAACUGCUGGAGAAGGAGCAAUGAACAAGCUGGGACAGGCUGGCAUUAACGUGGUAUCGUUAUUCAAUGUGCUGAGCACUCCGCUAGUCCUAAACAGCAACACCACCUAUUCGAUUGUGAUGAGUGCUGUCAAUCCACAAGUGUACAAGGCUCAAGUCCGCUGGACACCUGCCAAGUGGCCAGCAUCAGGUAUCAACAACUUCAGAUAAGUCUGCCCUUUCCCGCCGACUCGGUUCCGAGAACACGACUACACGACAUCUGAUUACUGACCUAAAUUGCUGCAGCAGUGAAAUAUACAUUACAUUAACAUGAAA